AUGAAAGUGAGAAGACAUGAAAAGGAUGAGAUGACCCAGAACAGGCAUUCGGAAGAGCGAUUGUGGAAGCAUGCGUGCCCGGUGCCACCGAGUAAGCCGUCCGGACGAACGGCACACGGCGCGCGCUCGAUCGCUAUUGGCAUCGUCGAACAUUCCCGAGGAUCGAUGCACUGCGACGCAUAUGCUGAGACGUGUCUGGACGGCAAUCGAUGGCCGGAUCGAUUUGGAGACGAGCGAUCGAUUGACGAACUCAAUGAGGCGCUUUACUCACGCGCUGUGUUUGUAGCUGAUUACACCAUCUACAAUGCUGGUUUCCAUUCUCUCGGAUUUCUCUAA